AGGUUCAGGUGAGACCUUCUCCCAGGCCACCCCUCCUCAGUAUCACUUUUGUCACUACUACCCCUCCAGUCUGCCUCAGGCCCCCAUCUGCUUCUGGAACCUCAGCCUCCUCCCCACGUUGCCCACCCCAGACACCAGGUUCACUCCAGAGGGACUUCUUGAGCCAGUGCCCCUCUGCCCACACACCUGCCUUGGCUCCACAUGGACCUCUUCCCCUGCCACCAAUUUCUUCUAUCCUCUCCACUCCUAACCAUGCUAUCGCAGCCAGCUACAUUUUCUCAAGCUGCUGGGAGCCCUCCUCACUGUCCCCUCCAGCACAGAGGUGCCAUUGUGCAAGAACACAGUGGGAGGGGCUUGGAGGAGCUUGGAGAGCCAAUUAUAGGUUUGAGGAAUCUUGGUGAACUCCUACUCAUGUGUUGAAGCCCCAUCUGUAAUGCCUCCUCCUCCAGGAAGCCUUCCAGGACCCAGUCUUUCCCUCUGGACCUUCCUUGACUGCAUGGGACUAUACCAGUUCCUCUUCCCCCUGAGUCGCUGGGUGCAGAGCCAGAGGAACGCCGGCGACCCCAGCAGCGCUGCGGAGGGUGCUGGCCGUUGCGGUCCCCGUGUCCAGGUGGGCCAGGACGCAGCCUCUGGGCGCCGUCGCUUUUCCAGCACCACCGAGGCAAAAGCGUGGCAGUAGGACCCAAAAGGUUGCUUGAAUGGGGGGCACCCUGGCAUGGACGCUGCUGUUGCCGCUGCUGCUGCAGGAGUCAGACAGCCAGGAACCGUCAUGCACCAUGCCCUCCACGGAUGUGGACUGGAACACGGAGUUCAGUGCCACGUGCCUGAAUUUCAGUGGCCGUGGCCUGAGCCUGCCCCUCAACCAGUCUCUGCGGGCCAGCAACGUGCUUCUCCUUGACCUGUCUGGGAAUGGCCUGCGAGAGCUUCCAGUGACCUUCUUUGCCCACCUGCAGAAGCUUGAGGUCCUGAACGUGCUACACAACCCACUAUCCCGUGUGGAUGGGGCGCUGGCUGCCCGCUGUGACCUUGACCUGAGGGCUGACUGCAGCUGUGCCCUGGAGUCCUGGCACGAGGUCCGGCGAGACAACUGCUCUGGCCAGAAGCCUCUGCUCUGCUGGGACACAACCAGCUUCCAGCACAACCUCUCUGCCUUCCUGGAGGUCAGCUGCGCCCCCGGCCUGGCCCCUGCAACCAUUGGGGCAGUGGCAGUCAGUGGGUGCCUACUUCUCGGACUUGCCAUCGCUGGCCCCGUGCUGGCCUGGAGACUCUGGCGAUGCCGAGGAGCCAGGAGCCGGGACCUGGACAAGCCCUGGCCUGCUCAGGAUAGGCCCAAGCCCAGUUUAGGCUUGCAACCACGGUAUGGCAGCCGGAGCACCCCCAAGCCCCAAGUGGCCACGCCACCCCGCCCCUCCACUCCUGACUAUGAGAACAUGUUUGUGGGCCAGCCAGCAGCCGAGCACCAGUGGACUGAACAAGGGGCUCACCCUUCAGAGGACAAUGACUUUUACAUGAACUACAAGGGCAUCGACCUGGCCUCCCAGCCUGUCUACUGUAACCUGCAGACACUGGGCCAGGCCCCGAUGGAUGAAGAGGAGUACGUGAUCCCUGGGCGCUGAGCCUAAGAUGUCCCAACCUCCACCCAGACCCCCUUCAGUCCCUGCUGGGUGACUCAGGGCAUCCUAACUCCUCCCGGGCCUCAGUUUCCCCAUCUGAAGAAUGGGGACAGGAAAGGAUCCUUGAGGCCCCAGGAAGCUCUGCCGCCCCCUCCCUGUCUCCUAUGCUGCUCCUCAGCCCGCUCGGCUCCUAGAGGGAGAAGAGGAGAGACCCCCAACAAGGAGACAGGAGAGUCACUGUGUGAAUCCUGUCGUCACCCUCCUGUGGAUGUACAGGCAGUGCUCAAUAAAUGCUUUGAGGCUAAUGAGGCUCAGGGUGAGUAGGUUCCUCAAGGUGGGGAUUUCUGAGUUCUAAGACCAAGUCUCCAUCUGAGACUCCCAAAUUGCUCCCCACCUCCCAUCCCUGUUUUGUUUUGUUUUGUUGUUGUUUUGUUUGUUAGUUUGUUUUUGAGACCGAAUCUCACUCUGUCACCCAGGCUGGAGUGCAGUGGUGUGAUCUCGGCUCACUGCAACCUCCGCCUCCCGGGUUCAAGUGAUUCUCCUGCCUCAGCCUCCCAAGUAACUGGGAUUACAGGCAACUGCCACAAUGCCCAGCUAAUUUUUGUAUUUUUAAUAGAGACAGGGUUUCGCCAUGUUGGCUAGGCUGGUCUCGAACUCCUGACCUCAAGUGAUCUGCUCACCUCGGCCUCCCGAAGUGCUGGGAUUACAGGCGUGGCCACCGUGCCCAACCACAUUCCUCCCUUCUGCCCCUCUCAGGGCCCCUUCCCAGGUUCCUCAUCUCCAGGUUCGGCCCCCAGUGCAGCCCACACCACCCCAAAAUAAAAAUGUAUAUAUAUUGCUUUA